AAAUUAUGCUUAAUCUCCUUUAAUGACACCAGGCAGAUCCAAAAGGGUUUUGAAGGCAGAAUAAAUUCUUCUGAAUUAAUCACUCCAGUGUUCCCAGAAAUUAAGUUGGCCCAGAAUAUUUUAAGAUGAAAGAAACUUGUGGUCAGAUAUACAUGCCACAAGAUAAGGAAGUGAAGCAGUAAUAAACACAAAUACUGAGGCAAAAACCCAUGUAAUCAGUAGUGGCUCAUAAAUAAUUUCAUGCACAAAGAAUGUCCCAAGUUGCUGGGCAACUUGGGACUCAGUAUAAAAACCUGCACAACUCAAGGCUCUUCCAUCCAUUUCUCUUGCCGCCUUUGCCUUGGUGAAUAAGAGCACCUUCAUCUGAAGGCUACAGAGUCAACCUCCAUUUCUCUAGGACAUACAAAGCCCUAAUAGUUUUCAUGUGUGCAGCCACAGCUGCAAAGCAAAGUGUUGAAACUGCCUUUUCCUAGGGUAGUGUUAUGACCAUGUGGUUAGGGCACCCUCUGCAACAUGAAUGAAGAGGCUUUCAGCACCAGCAUGUACCCUGGUUCCUGGAUUUACCUCCACCCCACAGACAUGUCUUGCUACGACUUGUGUCCUCCCACCCCCUGUGGCCCAACCCCACUGGCAAACAGCUGCAAUGAGCCCUGUGUCAGGCAGUGCCAGGACUCAACAGUGGUGAUCCAGCCCUCUCCCGUGGUGGUGACCCUGCCCGGACCCAUCCUCAGCUCCUUCCCCCAGAACACCGCUGUGGGAUCCUCAGCAUCCGCGGCUGUUGGGAGUGCGCUUAGUGCUGGGGGAGUGCCCAUCUCCUCUGGCAGCUCCUUAGGAUUUGGAAGCUCUGGCUAUCCAGGCCUGGGCAGUGGGUACAGCCGGCCCUACCGUCGCUACAACACCUACCGCAGUGGCUUCUAUGGGCCGUGCUAAAGCAUGAGGAGCAAGCAGGAAGAAAUGACCAGGAAUGCUGAAGCAAAACCCGAUGCAAGACUGAGCUCAUGGCCAUGGUUUUCAGAUGCGAUGUUAAACACCCUCAACUUGAAGUUAAUGGAGCUGUGGGUGCUUGGCAUCUCCUAAAAGCAGGUCUUUGCUUGUCUUACUUUUGUUAUGCUUUGCUUUAUAUUUCUGAUCAAAUGUCUUGUUUUCUUAUGCUUUUUUUGUAUUUGACAAUGACUAGGUAAAAUAUGUAAUUAUUAGAAAUCGUUCUGCAUAACUGAAUUAGUACAGUCCACUUAAAUAAUGAAGAAGGAAGAUCUCAUUUGCUGAGUGUGUCAUUGUGAGAGGGAUGAGUGGGUACUGUCCUUAGUGGACCAUGGAAAUGUAUUCCUUACUCUUUACAUUGCUUCCUUCCAUUCCUCAGCCUCAUUAAAUUUGUGCUGCAUCAUA